GCCCAUGCAGCCAUGGCGGGGUGUAGCGGCGAUGGCUUGAACUAUUGCCCCUCCUUUUCGCCCUCCACUGCCUCGUAGUGGCAUGGAUACCAGCUUUGCAGGCAAACUCAUCAUGGGAACCAAUCCGUAAAUACUAGGUUGGGGCUCGUUCCCUUCCGUUUCCCGCACGAUGCCUAAUAAGAAGGCCUUCUCCCGGAGUUCUCGUAUUUUUUCCAAGUUUCCUUCUUGAUAAUACCACAAAGAGAUUAUUUGCUUUGGUCUGACAUAACACCCUCCUGCUUACGCUUCUUUGUUCACCAAGUGUUUAUCCGUAACCUUGAUUCCUCUAGAGCUCUUGUAGACAGCUCGUGUUUCACUACCCCUCAUCAUACGAUAGACUUAGAGUCUCUACAACACAAUAUGGCUUCACUUCCCAAGACUAUGAAGGCUCUCCGGCAACUAUACCUUUGUAGAUAUGAGAAGCCAGAAGAUUGGAGCAUCGUUGAGGUUCCUCUACCUAAGCUACGGCCCGGUGACGUUUUAGUUAAGGUCAAGGCCUGCGGUGUUUGCGGUACCGAUCUACACAUCCACGAGGGCGAAUUUAUUGCUGAAUUCCCCCUAAUUCCUGGCCACGAAACCAUCGGCGAAGUUGUUGCAUUUUCCGAUGACGUCAAAGGCUUCGCGAUAGGCGACCGUGUUGCUGCUGACAACUCAGAACUUUGUGGUCACUGCUUCUACUGCCGAAGAGGCCAAGAGCUUCUCUGCGAAGACUUUAAGGCCCACGGUGUCCUUGGACUAGAUGGUGGUUUCGCUGAAUAUGCUUCCUACACUCAAGGUCGUCUUUUUAAGCUCAAAAACAUUAGCGACAUCGACGCAACCCUCAUCGAGCCUGCAUCCUGCGCCAUGCACGGUUUAGAAAAGAUUGCCCCUAAGGCUGGUUCGCACGCUCUAUUGAUCGGUGCUGGUCCUACCGGUCUUAUGAUGGCACAAUUCCUAAAGCACAGUGGUGUCUCACAAUUAACCAUUGCUGCCCCCGAGGGUUCCAAGAUGGAACUAGCCAAGAGCCUCGACGCCGGCGACGUCUAUGUUCCCCUCUCCCGAUCGAACCCGGCUCCUCAAUGGGAACAAAUUAAGAAGGACAACCCAUAUGGAUUUGAUAUCGUCGUGGAGGCUAGUGGUAACGCCAAGGUACUCGAGGAUGCCAUCAACUAUGUCCGGCGAGGAGGCAAGCUUGUUUGCUACGGUGUUUACUCCAACUCUGCUCGUGUCUCUUGGGCACCAUCUAAGAUCUUCGGUGACGAAAUCACCAUUAUCGGCUCCUUCUCGGAGACUUACAUGUUCCCAUCCACUGUUGACUACCUAGACAGCGGAAAGGUCAAGACCAAGGGCAUCGUCAACAAAACUUUCAAGCUCGAACAAUGGGGCGAGGCUCUUGAGAGCAUCAGGAACAAGUCGGCGAUUAAGGCUGCUAUCGUAUUCGACUAAAUUAUAAAUCGUAGGGCAUGUGCGUCAACAAAAGAAAAAGAUACCAAUGGUCAAAGACACCAGUUAGAUAGAAUGUAGUCAAAACAGACGCCUAUCUUUAAUAGAAGAAUAAAUCCGAUUUGUCGUUCCACUAGCCCGCCCAUCUUUCCAGAUCUGUAGUCGACGGGGACUAAGAUCACGAUUAAGAUCAACCAAUGAAAGACAUCGUGUCUUCCAAAUGGGGACAAGGAAUUCAAGCGGAGAAUCUAGUAGACAUGCGAAGAGCACGUCAUUUGUCAGCCCGGCUGUCCCGUCGUCGAUAUAAGCAUCGAGGACCCCACGACCUUGAUGG